AUGUCGUCCGAGGACAAAUACGAGACGCUGGAGAAGAUUGGCCAUGGCUCCUUUGGCAUCAUCCGCAAGGUCCGCCGCAAGGCAGACGGCUUCAUCAUGUGCCGCAAAGAAAUCUCCUACCUCCGAAUGACGCAGAAAGAACGCGAGCAGCUGCACUCCGAGUUCCAGAUCCUCUCGCACCUCCGGCACCCCAACAUCGUCGCCUACUACCACCGCGAGCACCUCAAGGCGAGCCAGGACCUUCACCUGUACAUGGAAUACUGCGGCAACGGCGACUUGGGCCGCGUGAUCAAGGAGCUGCAGACAAAGGGCCAGAGGGCGCAGGAGAGCUUCGUCUGGAGCAUCUUUAGCCAGCUGGUCCUGGCCCUGUAUCGCUGCCAUUACGGAGUAGACCCUCCAGAUGUUGGCGGCAAUGUCUUGGGCACGGCGGGCGGAGCGGCGCCCAAGACUCCGGCUGGAGCGGUGACGAUUCUGCAUCGAGAUUUGAAGCCCGAAAACGUAUUCCUCGGCGAAGACAACUCGGUCAAACUGGGCGACUUUGGCCUGUCCAAGAUGAUCAAGUCCCACGAUUUUGCCUCCACAUACGUCGGAACCCCGUUCUACAUGUCGCCCGAGAUCUGCGCGGCCGAGAAAUACACGCUCAAGUCCGACAUUUGGUCAUUGGGAUGCAUCAUCUACGAGCUCUGCGCUCGCGAGCCCCCUUUCAACGCAAAGUCGCACUACCAACUCGUGCAGAAGAUUAAAGAGGGCCGAGUGCCCCCCCUGCCCGACAUGUACUCUGCCGAGCUCAACCAGGUCAUCAAGGAUUGUCUCAAGGUCAAUCCCGAUAGAAGACCGGAUACUGCACAGCUGCUUCAGCUGCCGGUUGUGAAGCUCGUGAGAAAGGAAAAGGAGGUGGUCGACCUCAACAGGGCGCUCAAGGCGCGUGAGGAGAUUCUUCGCGAAAAGGAGGCGGACCUGAACCUGCGGCUGGUGAAUCUGGACAAGGACAAGCAUUUGAUGCGCCAGGAGCUGGAUGCGUCGGUUCGAAGGGAGUGGGAGGUCAAGGCCCGGCUGGAGAUUGACCGCCAGGUGAGCGCCGAGGUGGAGAGGCUCAAGAAGCAGUUUGAAGAAGAGGUCAGGAAUCGCGUGGAGAAGGAGCUGGAGAGCCGCCGUAAGAGAACGCCUCCUCCGCCUCCGGUGGAAGACGUGCGGAUUGACUCGCCCAUGGCAAAGUCGGAUCGGGCACACAACUCGUCCGCGGAUGGGAGCGGCGACGAGUUCCCUUCCACGACGGACAUCACGGAGCUGUCGUACUCGGCCGAGAGCCCGGACCUCAACAAGGAUUUGAAGCGAGCUGCGCGGACGCCCUUUCAGCGGGCGCAGACCAUGUAUGUCGGCCAGAUGGGCACUCCGAUGGACAUCGAGAUGCAGUCGCCCAGUCCCAUGGCCAUCGCGUCGCUGUCGCUGUCGCCGCGCCGCCACAAGAAGCUCCUGACGCACCAGGCCGAGUCGGCGGGCAGGAUAGCUAAGAGCAACGUUAAGGGCCGCACGCUCAUCGAGCUAUCGCAGGCCCGCGCGGGAGGUCGACCGAUGAGCGUCCCGAGCCGCGUGGCCAGCACCGGAUACGGGCCGGUGGCCGUGUGGGACCCGGAGACGGACGAGAUGCCGAGUCCCUUUUUGGACCGGCGCCGCAUUGCGAGGGUCUAG